AACCACCCUUAUAAUGAAGAAGCUUUUCCUUAGAUUGAGAUGGAACUUCCUGUGUUUUGCUUUGUGCUAAUUGCCUCUUGACCUGUCACUGUGUGCCACCAAGAAGAGUCUGGCUCCAUCCUCUUUACCCCCUCCCUUCAGAUAUUUCUAUCCAUUGAUAAGAUCACCCCGAGCCUUCUCUUUUCUAGGCUAAACAAUCCCGGCUCACUCAGCCUUUCCUCAUAUGAGUCCCUUAAUCAUUUGAGUAGCCCUUUGCAUGUGACCUCCUCCCAGGGUGCAGGACUUUGCACUUUAUGAGGUCUCUCUCUGCCCUUCUCUCCAGUCUGUUGAGGUCCCCCUGAAUGGCAGCACAACUGUCUGGUGUAUCAGCCACUCCUCCCACUUUUGUAUCAUCUAGAUCAGUAAUGUGUAAGCUGCACCAAGAUUGGACCCAGUACUGACCCCUGGGGUAUAGCGCUAGUUAUACCCCUCCAACUACACUCCAUGCCACUGAUCACAACCCUCUGAGCUUUGCCGUUCAGUCAGUUUUCAGUCUAUGUCACUGCUUGUCUAGCCUGCGCUUCAUCAGAUUGUCUAUGAGGGUAUUAUGGCAGACUGUCAAAAACAUUACUAAAGUUGAAAUAAACGUCCACUGCUCUCUCCUCAUCCACCAAGCCAGUCAUAUCGUAGAAGGCUCUCAAGUUGGUUAAGCAUGAUUUCCCCUUUGUAAAUCCAUGCUGACUACUCCCAAUCAACUUCUUGUCUUUCAUGGGCCUGGAAAUAGUAUCCAGAAUUAGUUGGUCUAUCACCUUCCCAGGGAUCGAGAUGAGUCUGAUGGGUCCAUGGUUCCCUGAUUUCCUUCUCACCAAAGCUGUAGAAUGAUCAGGUCAGCUGUAAGCAGGACAGUUACAGCCUUGUACCUUGGCUAUGUUUUCUUUAUUCUUCCUUCUUGGUUUUUGUUUAGGUCAGGGUUGUAGAAACAAGAAGAGACACACUCUGUGCUUGUGAAUCCUUGAGGCUUUUGUCCAUGUUUAGAGUUAUGCUUCAAAACUUAUCUUGAUGGUAUAGCAUCAUGAAUUGUAUUCAAUCCAAAAGUGAAAUGAUAGCAUUCUUUAGAAUCAAAUAUACAUGAUUUCUUUUGAGGAAUUUCAAAAGUUUUGCUUAUUUAGCUUAGCUUUUUGUUAGAAGAUAGAUUUUGAAUGUUUUUUAUCCUAAGAUUCAUUUUAAAUUAUGAAAAUGAGAUUUUGAAUGGCAUGUCUUCAAUUUCUUUCUUUAGAUUGCAUCUGAUUCAAGAAAGGAAAACAAUUUUGGUAGAAGUACCUUGCUGAAGCAGAGACCAACCAUGUUGCCUGACCUUGAUAAUGACACUCCACGGUUUAUGCUCAAAAGAAUUAUCCGGACCCAACCACAAGUUUCACCUCUAGCACCUCAAAUAUCUAAGCAUGAAGUAACAGAAGAAGCUGGAUUAGAACUAUCCUCUAAGAGGAUUUCCAGCACGGUGGAAAUACAGCUGCCAGACCUUGUUCCUGAGGAUACGUCUAUGACCAAAUUCCAUAUGACUAGAAAGAAAAAGAAGUUCAGCAUUUCUGAGUUUGAGAGAGCAGCAGACAAGCGACUUCCUCAGAACCAGACUCAGUCAACGUUGGACAGCACUUCUUUGGCCAGAUCUCUUCGCCUGUCUCUUGGCUCCUUGAUCCCACCAGACCCUAUGGAAAAGAGAGGCUUACUCCGGAGGCCAAAAAAUCGCAAAGCUGUUGACAUGGAAGCUUUUGAAGGUGGAGUGGAACAGAACAUGCUGCAGAGAAAAGCACAGAACUACCUUGUGGACUUGCAAACAGCAUCCAGGAUUAGAACAGCCACGCUGACGAGUGACGCAGAAGUUGUGAUGAGUAACACUGAGCUCUUUGUUCAGCCUCAGUUUGGUGAGCAGAGCCAACAAAGGCUUUCUGCUCUUGAACCACAGCUACUAGAAUCAAAAAUUCCAGCACAAGGAAGCUCGGCUUUUGAUUCAGCUCAUGAGGAUGCAAGGCUGGUGGGCCUGGUACCCAGCAUGGGCACAAAUGAGGGAAGGACCCAAAGAUAUUCUGAGAAAAACUUAAUCCUUGAUUAUGAACAUGUUGGCAGAAUGACUCCUGUGUCUCAGAAAACAUCUUUGAGCCAGGGAGAGGAUCAUCAAGGUCAUUCCUACCAGAGUGACCCCAUGGAGCAAUUUUCUGUACCAGAGGAAGUGGUGGCUGGCACUACAGAGCAUCAUGCAAACACUGGAUAUUCUGAACAGUUGGAGAAAAAACUGACAAAAAUCCCAGAAUCACAGAUAACUAAGGUGCAAGAUGCCAGAGUCGAGACAGAAAUGACUCCUUCAGAAGAAGAGAAGGUAGCAGAAGGCAGUGUUGAACACCUAGACUCUCCCAAAACUGAACCUGAGAAUACCAGAAGUUUUGGAGCUGGAAGUCUGAGCAGGCAUUCUCAUGCUUUUUCCUCUCAGUAUUUUGAAAAAUCUGGGACAAAAUCAUUUAAAAAAGCUGUUGAACAAGCAGAUGAACUAGAAGAAAGCGCUGUCAUGGGAGAAAUGGAGGGUCUGGAAGAAGAGAUAACUGAUGAUGAAGCUGAAAUUGAAGAGCCUGAGAGUCAAGAGAUUUCUAUGAAGACACCUGCAUUCAUCCACGCUGCAACCUACAAGCCACUUUCUUUGCUGUCAUCUCCACGUCCUGCAGAAUCUGCUGUUCCCAAGUUUCCCCUACAGCCAGUGCGAGCUAAGCCAGUUCUAAAGAGUUCAGGAGUAUCACAAAGGAAAAUGCGUGAGCCUGGACUAGCAAGCAGUUUGAUAAAGAAGAUAUUUAGCCAUUAUGUGAAAAUGCCGGUGGCCAGAGAUGCGUUCAGGAUUGUUAAAAAAUGCUCUGAGAGGUACUUCAGGCAGCUAAGCAAUGAUCUGGAAGCUUACACCCAGCAUGCAGGGAGGAAGACAGUGGAGGUGGCUGACCUGGAAGUCCUCAUGAGAAGACAAGGGCUGGUGACAGACAAGAUGCCGUUACGUGUGCUGAUAGAGCGUCAUCUUCCUCUGGAAUACAGGAAACUACUGAUUCCGGUUGCCGUGAGUGGAAAUAAAAUAAUUCCCUGCAAAUGAGCAUGCCCCUCUGGCAGUGAUGACGUCCGUGGAUGGGAAUAUUGCCUGCUCACGGAGGCUAGCUUUACAUACUCAAUGUAUCUGGUCAGUGUGACAGUUUUCCGUAGAUAAGCAAUAAGCAGCCAGUAGAGAUUCUCUUGAAUUGAUUCAAGUUCUGCUGUAACUAUCAUGCCAGCCUACUGGAUCUCACCAACUAUUAUUAUAAGUAAUUUGAUUAUCCUAUAUUUUUAUGUAUAUUACUUAUGAAUACUUGUACAGUUUUGUUAAAUAAAAUGUGGUAUGUACUCUGCAUGAUAAAAAUGCUGUUUAUUCCAGUGAGCUGAAAGGUUACUGGGUGUCUGUCUGCUGCAUUGUUCAAAAUGUUCCUAAUAGACAUUCAGCUGUGCUGAUGCUCUUCAUACUAACUAGAUGCUCUUCAUACUAACUAGGUGCUUGCUCAAAGGAGAAAAGUUAUGUACUGUCUUAUGAAAGGAAUAAGAUACCCUUGUUAUAGCUAUAUAUUUGUCUAGCGCAAGGACUUUCGAACUCAAGGCCUUGUCCCCCUUUUCAAGUCUAGUCUAGUCCACUGUGUCAAGAGAGGAUCAUAAUUCGUUGAUGACAACAGCUAUUUAACGAUGUCAAUGGCAACCGGAAAACACAUAUAAGAAAACUCAUGGAGAAUUAGCAAGCAAUAAUUUAAGACCAUUUGAGAAAGGCAGAUCUUCUGCUUCAUGCAUGGUAGAUAAAGGAGUGGGAGAGAUUGAGACAGAUUGAGUUACUGCAUGUUACUUGCAGCAAGGAAUUCUUGUAGCAAUGGAAAGCACCAACUGUGUCUCUUCUCAAGCAGUUAGCCCAACAUUGUAAUUUCUUAAUCACUGACUCCCUUGUGGAUCAGAAAUGGUGGCUCUCCAACCCUCAAGGUUUACAUUGAAUUUGUAUAUAUACAAAAAUGUAUCUGGAAAAUCAUUACUCCAGUCAGGCAGCGUCCUUAAGAAGGAAAGCAGUGCCAGAUGCUGGUGUGUGAAGCAAGGUCCAGCUCUGAGAGCUGCAUUUGCAGUUUGCUCUGCAGAAGUCAGCCUGCUCCAUGUAUCACAGCAGCAUUGUGUGGCUGCCUGUUUCAUGAUCCUAAGCAGCAGCAGAGCCCCCAGGUAUCUUCUGGUUCUAUGCAGUGACAGUGUAAGUAACUAGCAAGUGAAAAUAAAUCCUCUGUAUGUUCGACAGCCCACCCAUGCGGUGUCUGUUAUUAUACUCAUAGCAUGAACCACAGCACCACUAAGCUUUUCUACUGCUGAUUUUAUAUAGUCAAUUGGUUGCUACACAGAGGGGAUGUUCAGCACCAUGUUCACUAAUGAAGGUUGUCAAACAGGAGAAAUAAAACCCUUGUGUCCUUCAAGUAGGGAGGAGACAAGAAGAAUGAAAUCCUUGUAGGGGAUUUUACUGAAUACAGUGAACCUAAACCACACCAUGAAUGAGGCCAGCCACAUCCAAGGAUUUGUGAGAUGCAAAGAACAACAGUGGCUUUCUAAAACAAUUCACAGGCUGGGAAAGAAUGACCUCUAUCACCUCAUACAACUUUCAGAAGGAUGGAUGUCACACUCUUGCAUGUUGUUCACUGAGUACGGUCUUCAGUGUCUUCCCAGGAGGUCUGACUUGCAUGCAAGUAGCUAGUCUGUAGUACCCAAGG